GAGCAUCACCUGGCUUAGAUGCUGUUGUCUGGUUCGGUCCAGCUCACAGACGCGUCAGCGUUCACUCAUCGCACUACAGGAUUCGUCUGCACCCUUAAAAGGAAUAGAACUUCCGUACUGUACAUACUACAACUGUAGUGCAACAAGAGCAUUUCAUCAGUACCGGUCAAAAUUCGAUUGUGUGAACAACAUGAAGAUGUCUCCCCCAGACCGAAGGAAAUACGUGCGUGAUCUGGCGCUGGAGAUUGCCAUAAGAGUGCUGCUCUUUGGAGUUUUUGUGUUCACAGAGUUCCUGGAGCCUUUUGAAAGAGUUAUCCAACCUGAGGAAUUAUGGCUCUACAAGAACCCUUUGGUGGAAUCGGACCACAUCCCAAAGAGAGUCAUGUUUGCAAUUUCAUUCCUCACCCCGUUGGCUGUGAUAUUUGUGGUGAAGAUUAUACAGAGAACAGAAAAGACAGAAAUUAAAGAGGCUUGUUUAGCGGUAUCUCUCGCACUAGCUUUGAAUGGCGUCUUCACAAAUACCAUCAAGUUGAUAGUUGGCAGGCCAAGGCCAGACUACUUCCACCGCUGUUUCCCUGAUGGACAGAUGAAUGCAAAGAUGCUGUGCACUGGAGAGCCAGACCUGGUUUCUGAGGGUCGGAAAAGUUUUCCCAGCAGCCAUUCUUCCUUUGCUUUCUCUGGCCUGGGCUUUACCUCAUUCUACUUGGCGGGCAAGUUGCAGUGUUUCACAGCUGCCGGACGUGGGCGCAGCUGGCGUCUCUGCGCUAUGAUCCUGCCCCUCUACAGUGCCAUGAUGAUUGCCCUGUCCCGCACCUGCGACUACAAGCAUCACUGGCAAGAUGCUUUUGUUGGGGGAUUGGUUGGCCUCUUCUUCGCGUACAUCUGUUAUCGGCAGCACUACCCACCCAUCCUGGACAUAGACUGCCACCUGCCAUACGCUAGUCUGGCUGUAGCAACUACCCACAACAUGCCAACCUCCCAGGAUCAACCUCUGCCCACUGAUAAUGCCACCACCCUGCCUCUGGAGGGCAUGACUGAGGGACCAGUAUGACUAAUAGAGACCCCCACAAGGCUCACACCCCUCUGACCCCGCACCACAUCAGUGUGGUGUGAACCACACUUGACUGACACUUCAACAUUCCAGUGAAUUGACAGACACGUUUUAUUUUUCUCUUUCAUUAAGCAGAGUUACAACUGCUGCUUUCUGAUUAGUUAUACUUAAUUUAAUUACUUAAUAUCAGUAUUGGCAAGUUGGAGCCUGGACAAUUUGUAUAUAAUUUGUUACUGCAAGAAUCUCUCUUUAAUGAAAAGUAGCAUGGCAAGUAAAAGUAAAAAUCAUUGUACACAGAAGUCAUAAUUAUUCAGUGCCAUUAUAUAUACUGAGGUACCUCUUGUAAAUGUUUUUGUAAGGGCUUCCUUACCCAAAUAGCAGUAAGAAUUUGAUCUCAAACUAAAAUUCUUUUUUAAGAGGUUUCAUUCUUAAAUCUGUAAUCUUGGAAUGAAAUCCCAAAUUAAUUUCCUUUAUAUUGUUUUCUGUUGAUUCAGUAGCAGGUGUGCAUGCACGUUAACAGCUAGUGUGGAAUUUUGCUAUGUACUGUUGCUUUGCCACGUAUCGCGUACAGAGGAAUUAGAAUGGCAGAACAAAAUGUAUUUCUUUUUGACACUGUACUAUGACAAAUCCGUUCAAAAUUAACAAAUCAUUCAAGAACGCGCAUUCCAGAGUCUGUGCUACACAAGCUUUUGUGCUUAAAAAGUAUACAAAUUUUUAUUUUUCGAAAAAAAUUCUUCCUCGGUUAUGAUCGUUUAGAGGCCUUUUGAAGCUGCAUUUAAACUACAUUUUGGAAGUUCAAAAUCGGGGGCACAAUUGAAGUCCAUUAUAUGAAGAAAAAUCCUGAAAUGUUUUCCUCAAAAAACAUAAUUUCUUUACGACUGAAGACAGAAAGACAUGAACAUCUUGGAUGACAAGGGGUUGAGUAAAUUAUUUGUAAAUUGUUGUUCUGGAAGCGGAGUUCUCCUUUAAUAUUUGCAGUGGGGCAUAUUCAAUCAAUCAGUCUAUUGAUGAUAUAUAUAUAUAUAUAUAUAUAUAUAUUGAUUGAUUGAUUGAAUAUACCCCAGUGCAAAUAUUAAAAUAGAAUCUUAUUUAUUAGAAAAUGGACAGAUCUAAUUCCAAACUCUGACCCCUCGGAACCUUGUUCCCACAGAAUGAAGACAUCCAAAAUGUGAAGUCUUGUCAGGUCUCCUGGAAAAGUAUUGAGAACCACUGUUCUAAAUUAAAGUGGCUGUCUGCAUUGCUCAGCAACCAUACACAGCCUGGGGUAACACUCUGUGUACAUCAGAUCUGAGUGGCACAUUUUAACGAAUCAAAUACUGCUCUCAUUAUAUUCAGAGAAGCUGUCAACACUCUGAAGUUGCAUCACAUACAUUUGUGGUGUUAUUCCAGUCACUAUAUUAUCCUUUAUCUAAAAAGAAAAUGAUUUACUUAUCAUAUAUCAACAAAUUAAUUUGUUAUAUAGUCUGUACUGACUUCACAAAUGUAAUCUCUGCUACCCUGUUGUUUUUCAGUUCACUUUGUCCACUAAAACUCGCUACUUAGGGAGUUUUCAUACUUGCACUUUUGGUGCACACCUGUUGUAUUUCAUUCAUGACAAACAGUCAUGUCCUGUGCUGGACCUUUGGAAAUAAGACCACAUUUUCCAAUUCCAAAAUACAAAAGUGAGGCAAGCAAGCAACAGAAUCCAUCCAUUUCAGCAUCUUUUAUUGAGCAGUCAUUACCUAACAACAGAGUUAAACCGCUGCAACUCUGAUGAUGCAAACAUAAAAUGGAAGCAGUGGGGGCAAUCUAGGAGGAUCAGUUAAACUGGGUUUGGGUAAGGCAAUUAGACCAAAUAUGAACCCUUAUUAAAUAUUUCUGUGGACCAACUGGCUGUCCAUGGAAACCUGACAUUAAAUAUAGACCUGCUGCACUUGAGCUACCAGAGAUCGUUGGCUCAUGACAUUGACAGUCUUUGCCACAGACAUCCCCUCUGCAUUUCACACUGCAGUUCGUCUUUUACUCACUUUAUAUUUCAUUUUACCUCGUCUUCCGUAAUGGUUUGUUCAUUUUGUGUCCUUUAACCUAUGCUGUUUUAAAAUGCUUCCUUUACAUCUUUAAAACCACAUGCAUUAAUAACUGACAUAAUCCCUAUAUGGUUUUUAAUCACAGUACAAUAUAUAUAUUUUUUUAUUGCAUUGAUAAAGUACUAUGAUAUUAGUGCCUCAUCACUGUACAAUGGUUUUGCCACUUUAUUUUAGCAAAGUACUUAUUUUUUCUUAUUUUUUCUUGUUUUUAAUUUCUCAAUCCAACUAUUCUGCCAUAUGAUCUCAGCCUGAUAUAUUUUCUGUUCUUUUUGUUUGCUUGUUUGAUCAUCUUUUUCUAUCUAUCCAUUCUUCGAACUGGUUAUCCUCUGUAGGGUCGCAGGAGGAUGGGAGCCUAUCCCAGCAUUUUGGGCCACAGGCAAGGGAAACACCUUGCACUCCCUAUCACACCUACAGAUGGGUAACCAAAGCGGGGGGAACAUUAUCAUCUUUAUCUCCCUUUUCAUUAUUUCCCUCACUCAUCCCUCAUUCAGGUUUUCAUGAACUGACAUUUCAUAUCUUUGGGUUGAUUAGAAAUGUAAGAAAAUGAAUCACUUCUGUUAUCACCACAGCAAUGUACCAAAAUGACAACUCAUUUAAGGGAAUAGUUUAUUCAAAAAAUGAGAAUUCUGUCAUUAUGUCACCCAAACCCAUGCUGUUAUUUUUUAAUGCCAAAUAAAAUAAUUCUGAAGAAUCUACUGGAGGGUAUUCCAGAAAGCAGGUUAUUUGACAUACCUGGGGAUGUUUAAGGGUAAGAAAGCGGAUAAACUCAGCUUUCGAUUCCAAAAACAAAAGUAACUUUUACAGUAUGCAAGUAGCCAUAGCCGCUUAUUCUCUGAACAUAACAUGCUCCAGAGUAGGUUAUGUUUCAGGGUUAAUUUACUUCAGGGCUAUCAGUGCAUGCUUGACGAUAAUCUAGUGGGUGUCAUAUUGUGCGAUUGCACAGAAUACUCUAUAUCAUUACAACACAUAUAAGUAUAUAUGCAAUAUAUAAUAUAUAUAUACCUCGAGAAAGCAAGGUCUGGGUUAAUUAACUAAGUUAAUCUUGCUUUCUGGAAUACCAACCCUUCUCUUCGCCUUUUCAGUAGACAGGUUUCCAUCCAAAGAUUUUUAGCAAAAAAAUAUUUAGCGCUUUAAAAUUUUUACCAAUAUAGCUGAUGGAAAUGCCAUUUAUCAAUAAAAUUUCUCAUGUGUCGACACAAUCUUUUUCCGUUUAACCUUAGCACAUAUAUUCUAUAUCGACAGUUCAAAUGGUGCAAAUAUUUGUUAUGAAACACUUUUUGUCGAGAAAAGGGGUUUGUCGAUAAUAAAACAUCGCAAAAAAAAACUGGAUGGAAACUUGGCUUGCUGGAUGUACAAGAUGUCUUGCUGGAUUUAAAAGUGUGAAGAAUCUUCCCCUUUUGAAAGCCACAAAAUAAAUAACAGCAUAUACAUUUUAAAAAUCAGUCAUGGGGUGAGUAAAUAAUCAGAAUAUUUAUUACAUAUUAAUUCUUUUAAUAACUGAAACAGGAUAGAAUUAAAAAGUUGGAUUUAAGUGCAGCAGUGAAAUGACCACGAAACACUCAUAAUGUGCUGUAUAUGUUUAACACUGUAUCUGGAAGACAUACUAUAUCCCACAAUGUAAUGUGAUCAACUUGACUUUCUUUUUCCUCAGUGAUGAAUGAAACCAAAGUAAUAUUAACAAUGUAUGUGAUGUUUGAAAUCUCUUUCUUGAUCCAUUCUUAGAUUAUACAAAUUGGAUGACAAAUAAUUAGGAUGAUGGAAUGCCUCUUACUAAACUGAAAAUACAACAGCAAGGUUGCCACAAAAAUACAGAAUAUUACAGAAUAUAAAAAUACUACGAACAGUUUCACAUAGCAGGCCAUAUAUAUUCUAUACUGUGCAGUAUGCAGUAAGAAGAACACAUUUUUAUUUCUUUUAUAUAACAGCUGUCAAUUAGAGUAGAUACUCCUAUCACCCAGCUGUCCUAUUCAGUUGCCAAAAUUAAUCUAUAAUGAAUGUGAAGCAGAUUCUGUUCAUGCAUUUUAAUUCCUUUAACAUUAAUGAACUUUGAUGAAGAUGAAUUGUUGUAAAAGUUCUUUCUAAUAACUGUCUCUGAUUUCUAUCUAUCUAUCUAUCUAUCUGUCUGUCUGUCUGUCUGUCUGUCUGUUUGUGUGUGUGUUCUCAGUAUUGUUUAAUUGUAGCAGGGGACAAAGUAAGGCUAAGCUUGUAAAAAUGAUCUAUUCUGUGUCUCAGUAGCAAGGACGGCAUGUUUAAUAUUCUUUCAGUGUUAUUCCCCAGGGAAAAAUGACAACUGAUCAGUUAAAUUUUAUCAAACACCCUCUUACUGCAUUUAUUUUUGGAAACAGAGCACAAAAGCAUUAUUCAAAGGACAUAUCCCUUAAAAUUUGGCAACACAAAUAGCAAUGCAAAUAUUUAUCAGACAUACCUGAUUUUGAUAUUUUAGAGAGCAGUGACUAAAUGAAUGUUCCAAUUCUGAAUGUGAUGAAAAUAAUAUGAAAAAUGAAAGUGGUCUAGAGUGAUUAUUAUAUUUUGGUGCUAUAUAAUAUGAUAAUAAAAUUACAUAUUAAGUUCUUAUUAUUUAAUAAUAAUAAUAAUAAUUUUAUUUACCAUUUAUACAUCAUGGUUGUGUUAAUUACACUGCCAUCACACAGAAAUGAUAGGUGUACAAAUUAAAGCAUGCACAAUAUUCCAUACAAUAAAACCCCUACUGAUUUAAUAUCUAAAGGGGAAGAUUUUUGCAUUUAGUGCUUUGAAAUAUAUUAUUUAAUGUUUUACGUCUUUUGUCAUUCUUUUGGGAUGUUACUUAUAAAACAAAGCUUUAUGUUACUCAAAAAUGUAUCAGAAGUAACAAGUUUGAAUCAUGUAUAUAAUGUGAUUUGUGUUGUGCAGGGAUCUUUUCAUGUUUUCAAAAUACAUAAAUACAUGUUUU